GUUCUGGGCAGCUGCUGCAGAAAACAUCGACUGGAUUAAAAAAUGGGAUAGAGUGUUAGAUGCAAAUAACUUGCCAUUUACGAGAUGGUAAUAACCCCAUCUCUAUAACUUAGGCCCUAUAGUAUAAGCCCAACAUUUUAAACCUAUAACUAUACUAUACCUAUUAUCAUUAAUAUUUUUUAGGCCUACCGUCUAUAAUUUUUAUUACAUUUUAAUUUUAUGUACAACUACAACUAAUUUGAAUUUGAACUACCAACAGUGGCACAGUGGCAACAAUGAACAGUAAUAAUAGUAUUGAUGUGCUUUUACUUUUGUGCCACAACUUUUCAUUUUCUCACAAAGCUCCCGCCCCACCCCCCCCCCCCCCAAAAAAAAAAAGAGGGAUGAGGGGAGUGGCAAUGACAAGGUUUGAUGACAUCUUUCAGUAUUACACCGCCUAUGGGGUUAACAUGUAUUUCAUUCCCUUUACUUUAUAUGAUGUAGCUUAUUUUAGGCUUAAUAAUAAAGAACCCCUAAAAUCUAAAAACAAUGUUUUUUUGUAUAAUAAAAUCCUUUAUAAAUUGUAAUAUCAAACAAGGGGGGGGGGGGGGUGGGAUGGUGGUGCUGAAAAUUUUAUAAAAUGUUUGUCAUUGGUAUUGAGUUUAUGUGCCAAGUUUCAAGGCGAUAGUUUGAUGGGAAGUGGGACAAUAAGCGGUCCCAAAAUUAUUUUAGGCUUAAAAAUAAAGAACCCCUAAAAUCUAAAAACAAUGUUUUUUUGGAUAAUAAAAUCCUUUAUAAAUUUUAAAAUAAAACAAGGGGGGGGGGGGGUGUGGGAUGGUGGUGCUGAAAAUUUUAUAAAAUGUUUGUCAUUGGUAAUGAGUUUAUGUGCCAAGUUUCAAAGCGAUAGGUUGAUGGGAAGUGGGACAAUUAGCCGUCCCAAAAUUUUGCCAGCCACAAAAAAAAGUGACGUUAAUAUGAAGGAUUUAACAAAGGACUUUUACUGGAUAUUCUACAUCUACAGUUUAUGAAUGCAAUUACUAAGUGACUUACUACUUACUCACUUAGGCAUACAUACAUGCCAAUCACCGGGAUCAAUAACUACAAAAUGUCCCCAAAAAACUGUUGGUUGGGAUGAAAAACUGUACAGAAAAAAAUUAAAAGUAAAAAAAAAGUAUAAUUUAUAACUUUUUAAAAUUUAAUUAUCAGUGUUUUGAAUGCAUGCAAACUUUGCCUUCUUGAUACCGAUUAGUUUGAAAACCAAAAGAGCAAGUGUCAUUUUUAAUUUUGCACUGUAAAAUAGAUGCAGUUGUUUCACCAUUAAGUAGAUUUCUGCAAUCUUUUUUUUUCUUUUACAUAAUUUUGGAAAAAUCUUAGUCUUCAUGGCUGUGAGGUAUAAAUAAGCCUGGGUAUUCAGUCAGCCACUCACUUUGAAACUUCCCCCCAAUGUGUGUCUUAUUCCAAAUUAUUACAGCACAAAUCAGCUCAUUAGCGGGUCAUCGGGGUCUAUAAAUAGUGCACUUGGGAUUGAGCUACCCCAAUGUGUUAUUUGUUGUGAAGUUUUAUCAGCCGAAUCUAUGAAGCUGAACAAACUAAAAUGCCAUUUUGAUAGCAAGCAUCCGAGCUUUGCCGGCAAGGAUACCAACUAUUUCAGAAGUAAAGCCUUGGACUCCAGAAAGCCAGACUUGACACUGGUGGCAAGUACCACAAACAAAACUUAGCAGCCGUCGAAGCUUCAUAUUUGGUGGCACUCAGAAUCGCCAGAGCUAUGAAACCUCACACCAUUGCUGAAAAUUUAUUGUUGCCAGCAGCCAAAGACAUUGUACGCGUUAUGAUCGGAGACGAAUUCGUUACGAAAUUGAGUGCAAUUUCCUUAUCUAACGACACUGUCCGCAGAAGAAAAGAUGAUAUUUCUGUUGAUAUUCUUGAUCAGGUAAUCCAGGAAAUUAAAUCUGCUUCACUUCCAAUAUUUAGUAUCCAGCUUGAUGAAUCUACAGACGUUGCAAACUAUUCACAGUUACUAGUUUAUGUGAGGUAUAUUAAUGAUGGCAGCUUUAAAGAUGAGUUUGUUUUUUGCAAACCUCUGGAAACGACAACUACUGCACGAGGUGUAUUUGGCACAGUUAGUUUAUUUCUGAAAGAUCAUAAUAUCUUGGGAAAGGUUUGUGGUGUUUGCACAGAUGGUGCUCCAGCUAUGCUAGGAUGUCGAUCUGGAGUUCAAAGUUUGGUACAAAAUGAGUCACCAAAAGUCAUCGAACUCAUUGUAUGAUUCAUCGGCAAAUAUUAGCUACGAAGACGCUGCCACAAGAGUUACAAGAAGUAAUGAAAAGCGUCAUCAGUUCUAUCAAUUUUGUAAAGGCUAGCCCGUUAAACAGUCGACUGUUUUCGCAACUGUGCAACGAGUUGGAUGCGUUUAACAAUGCUCUGCUAUUUCACACUGAAGUGAGAUGGUUGUCGAGAGGAAAAGUUUUGAAACGUGUUUUUGAGCUUCGUGAUCAACUCAAAACGUUUUUUAAUCAGAAAGCAAAACCGCAGUUCGAAGCACUUUUUAGUGAUAAAAGGGAACUGCAGAAAAUAGCUUAUUUGGUUGACAUCUUUGCCAUCUUAAAUAAGUUAAAUUUAUCACUGCAAGGACCAAAUGCAGCAUGCCUCGAUUUGUCUGAAAAGAUGCAAUCAUUCCAAAUGAAACUUCAGCUUUGGCAAAAAAAAUUAGAUGAAAAUAAAAUUGACAUGUUGCCUAUCUUAUCUUCGUUCUUUGAGGAACAUAACAUUGAACCAGACAAAAGACUUACGAUGAUCAACUCUGUGAAAGAACACUUGCACGUGCUUGCAGAUGAAAUUUCAUCGUAUUUCCCAAAUUUACCUGACACCCCAUUUGCACUUGCCAGAAGCCCUUUCACAGUCAAAGUUGAAGAUGUUCCUGAGUCAGCAGAAGAGGAGUUCAUUGAACUUAUUAACAGCGAUGCAGCGAGAACUGAUUUCUCUACAAUGCCAGUUACAAAAUUCUGGAUCAAGUGUUUGCAGUCAUUUCCUGUUCUGUCUGAAACCGUGCUGCGCCCUCUACUUCCAUUUCCAAAAACGUAUCUUUGUGAAACGGGGUUUUCCAGCUUGUUGGUUAUCAAGUCUAAAUACAGAAGUAGACUUGUUGUGGCUGACGAUCUUCGUUGUGCUCUUGCAAAGACUGCCCCCAAGCAUUUCUGAUCUGGUAAGAAAAAAACAACCUCAACCUUCGCACUGACGUUUGCUUUUCAUCCAUUCUGUCUCAAAAUGUAGCAAUGUAGUUUACUGUUUUUAUAUCAAGACUGCUACCCAUGCUACACCAUGCUUCAAGACAAAAAUCUCAUUAUUUUGUAAUUAGAAAUAAAUAUUUCACAAUAUUUUAUUACCUGUUGUUUUUUGUGAUUAUGCUUUAAUUAUGUUCAAUUUGUAACAAUGAAAAUACAUCCUGCAUAGCAGAUAUUUACAUUACGAUUCAUAAUAGAAGCAAAAUUAAAGUUAUGAAGAAGCAAGGAAGAUAAUUUUAUGGUUGGGGGUCGCCACAACAUUAUGAACUGUAUAAAGGGGUCGCGGCAUUAAAAAGGUUGAGAACCACUGCUCUAUAACAUUCUCAAAGAUUUUGACUCUUAAGUACCGUAAUGUAUACUUAUUUAUACAACCAAGAAAAUCACAUCCACUUAAGCCUUAGAAAGUUUGAACAAGUUAAAUUAAGUCUUCCUGGAAUGAUAAACAAGCUUAAUGACUAAAGCUAUUCAUUGUUAGGGAUAUUAAAUAUAUUUAAUAUAAAUUAAAAGAAUACUUAUUGACAUUGCAAUUCUUGCUAAGAUUUACACAAAAAGAUUUGUAAUUGUGGUUUACUUCUCAGAGGAGUUACUAACCAUACAGUGCUGUCUAUGAACUAUUAUCAAUGGUUCAUGCAAAUUAAGCAAUAUUAGUAGAUACUCUUUAGUGACGAAACCAUGCUCAGUUUCUUUCUAUAUUUAGAUGACCUACCAAUCCCAAAUUUUGGGCCAAAGGUCAUUUUGAGCAGACCAAUAGGAUUUAAGCUUACUUUUGACCAAGGUUGAAUUUAUUGCACUGCCAUUUUUGAACAUGUGUCUUGUGUAAAACUAUUUUAUUCUAUAUCUGGUGAAAACUCUUCAAAAGCCAAUAGUUCCACACAAUUCAAAAAUGGUUUUAAAAAAUGCAUGAAUAACCGGUAAACCUAGAGCCGUUGCAUGACUUUUGUAGGCCCACCAGCUACUUCUGAGUUUUGUGCCUUUGAAUUCAACGUUGAUACAUUUUGUAGCUCAUUAAACAUUUCUUUUCCACAACACAGCUUUAGGCCCCUUAAAUAUCCUAGGCCCCCUGCAGCCCCAGGGAUUGCAGGGCCAAGCAAUGGCUUUGGGUAAACCAUACUAAUUGGCACGUAUGACUUAGGCAAACAUUUCUCAACCUGUGGGAAAAUAUACCAGGGGUUCGUUCACUAAGUUGAAGUAUUUUGUUGUAAAAAUGUGCAUUUUCAUCUUAUUUCUACCGCUUUUCAUUUUUAAAUACUAUUUACAGUGAUUGUGCUGGUUUCUGAACUGUCAUUACGGUUUUACUACUUUACUACACUACAGCUCAAUAACAAAAAAAAGCUAUGCUUAAUUGUUUACAGGUCAGCAGCUAAUUUCAUUUUCGAAUUUUGACAAUUUCAUUUUAUUUGUUAUAAAUUACAAACAUGUGAAGUUGAAGUUUUUUUUGUGGUUCUUUUUUGGUUUUGGUUUUUUAAACUGCCCAUCUACCAUUUAAAUGUAAACAUUGUAUUCUUUGGAACAUUUAAAAAAGCAACAUAAAAAAAAGCUGUAAAAAAGAAUAUGUUGACACUGCAUUAUUGUGAAAUGAUUUUGCUUUAAUUAUGAGGGGAAAAAACCGCAUAUGAAGAAUUGUUCAAAUCAAUAUCUGCCUAUUUAAUAACCUGUUAAUGCCCAAUUAAUUCUAAAGCAAAUAUUUCAAUGAAGCUUUCAAGAAAGAUCUUCAUUGAGUUUUUAAAAAACCUGUUCACCGGCCAUUUUUUUAAUUCCCCUCGGUAAAAAAUGCAGAGCAUCACAUUUUCGGGACAUAUAGCACAGCAGAGAGUCACAUUUUUGGGACGGAUGGCACAGCUGAGAGUCACAUUUUUGGGACGGAUGGCACCGCAGAGAGUCACAUUUUUGGGACGGAUGGCACAGCCAAGUGUCACAUUUUUGGGAUGGAUGGCACAGUCAAGGUCACAUUUUUUGGCACAGGUGGCACAGCCAAGUGUCACAUUUUUGGGAUGGAUGGCACAGUCCAGUGUCACAUUUUUGGGACAUGUGGCACAGUGAAGUGUCACAUUUUUGGAACAGAUGGCACAGUCAAGUGUCACAUUUUUGGGACGGAUGGCACAGCCAAGUGUCACAUUUUUGGGACGGAUGACACAGUCCAGUGUCACAUAUUUGGGACGGAUGGCAUAGUCAAGUGUCACAUUUUUGGAACAGAUGGCACAGUCCAGUGUCACAUUUUUGGGACAGAUGGCACAGUCAAGUGUCACCUUUUGGGACGGAUUGCACAGUCAAGUGUCACAUUUUUGGGACGGAUUGCACAGCCAAGUGUCACAUUUUUGGGACGGAUGGCACAGCUAAGUGUCACAUUUUUGGGACGGAUGGCACAGUCAAGUGUCACAUUUUUGGGACGGAUGGCACAGUCCAGUGUCACAUUUUUGGGACGGAUGGCACAGUGAAGUGUCACAUUUUUGGGACGGAUGGCACAGUCCAGUGUCACAUUUUUCCUUAUAAUGAAAGCUUUCAAAGCUUUUUGCAAGGACUCUGACACUACAUUUUUUUAAAAAUAUCCCCGCAUCAUCUUACAGCAUUGUUUUCCUGAGCUGGAUGGGCCGUUUGGAUCAUUUUGGACCUCCCAGUAUAUCUCCAUUAUCACCAGCUGACUGCAAAACAUUAGUUUCUUUCAUCUUGAGCCUGAGUUUGCUUUUUUAAUCCUUUUUGGUACAACUUCAAUACUAUCUCCUUCAGUUUCAUUGCCACAGCAUGCAAUUCUGGCACUACCAGUACUAAAUUUCCUCUUAUCUUCUUCAAAAUACAUCAAAAAUAUCAUUUGUGGUAAGAUUCCUUCUCAUCCUGACAGCAAAACAAUAUAAAGCGUGAUGUGAAGGACACAUGCUGGUAAUGCCCACUGUCUCAAAUGCUGGUAAUGCCCACUGUCUCAAAUGCUGGUAAUGCCCACUGUCUCAAAUGCUGGUAAUGCCCACUGUCUCAAAUGCUGGUAAUGCCCACUGUCUCAAAUGCUGGUAAUGCCCACUGUCUCAAAUGCUGGUAAUGCCCACUGUCUCAAAUGCUGGUAAUGCCCACUGUCUCAAAUGCUGGUAAUGCCCACUGUCUCAAAUGCUGGUAAUGCUCACUGUCUCAAACUUAGGACACACAAAUUUAGCUAAAUUUUGUUAGUUAAAAGUGUAAUGCCAUUUUAAUAUUCAUAACAUGUUUAUAUAACCACAUGUAUGAUCAGUAAAAUGAGCACAGAAGAGUUACAAUAUGCCAAGUCAUUUGGAAGAUGUCACUUGCUUAGUUUACUUGCUGCUGUGAAGAUGUCACUUGCUUAGUUUACUUGCUGCUGUGAAGAUGUCACUUGCUUAGUUUACUUGCUGCUGUGAAGAUGUCACUUGCUUAGUUUACUUGCUGCUGUGAAGAUGUCACUUGCUUAGUUUACUUGCUGCUGUGAAGAGAAAAACACUAGAAAUCCUUUGAACAACCACACAUGCUGCACAUGUUGCUAAUUGGAAAUAAAAAAUUUUAAAAAUAGGGCACACACCAAAAAGUCUAUCGUCUGGCCUAACACCACCUGCCACACCAAAAAGUCUAUCGUUUGGCCUAUCUAACACCACCUUCCACACCAAAAAGUCUAUCGUCUGGCCUAUCUAACACCACCUUCCACACCAAAAAGUCUAUCGUCUGGCCUAUCUAACACCACCUGCCACACCAAAAAGUCUAUUGUCUGGCCUAUCUAACACCACCUGCCACACCAAAAAGUCUAUCGUCUGGCCUAUCUAACACCACCUGCCACACCAAAAAGUCUAUCGUCUGGCCUAUCUAACACCACCUGCCACACCAAAAAGUCUAUCGUCUGGCCUAUCUAACACACCACCUGUUAUUCAUAUAAAUCUUUAAGAAGGACCCCUACAUUUUAACUUUUUAAAAAACAUCCUGUAUUGGGACAGUGGGGCAAUAAUGUAUAAUAAUUAGUCAAAAGAUUUUGAUAAUUCAAUGACUUUCUACAGUCUAUACCCACUGUAACAAACGGUUAUCAUUAUGGAGAAAUUAAUCUCUUAUUUAAGUAUAUGGCUCAUUCUAGAACAGUACACAACAGAAGACGAUACCAUAUGUUAAAUACAAUAACAAAGAAAACGAUACUCAAACUAGGGCAAAUAACAUUUAAUAAAUGUUAUUAAGUUAAUAAUAAAUUAAAAAAUCAAAAAAAAAUAAAUUAAAGCUAUUGAAUUACAGUAUAAUGAUUGGCUUGUACCGGUACAAUGUUGAAAAAUAAAUGUUGUAAAAGGUACAAAGAUGAAAGGGAAUCUACACACACACAGAGAGCAAAAGUUAGUAAUCAAAUCUCUGUCUCGUAUUGUAAAUCUCUAUAGUAAUAGCGCUCUCUCGUGUCUCUCAAGCUCUCUAGACGUAUAUAAAUAGCCUGUAUCAGAGCCUGUUUCAGAGACAUUUCUCAAACAGACUUACACAUUGUAUUCCUUUCUGGUUAGCCACAUCCUAACUGCGGUUCUGAGCUUGGGGUCAGCUAGAGUUCAUUCACGGGGAAAGAUGAGGUAAACAUGUCGUCUACAUAACACCCAGCCACCUAAAAUAUCAAGGAACAUUAAAAGUGUUUAGUAGUAGUAGUUAAUUCCAAUAACUUUUGCUUCAAAUACAAAUCCUUUCAUAAAUGAAAUAAUUUAAUCAUUAAUUUUAAAGGUCUCUUAAAGGUCCUUAAUAGGGAGAUUUAAUAGGCUUUGAGACCAAUGUAAAUAUAGGUUUUAUAAUUAUAUUUGUCAGUUAAUAGGUUUUAGGGCCAAUAUAGAUUUAUGUUUUAGAGCCAAUAUAGCUUUAUGCUUGAGGGCCAAUAUAAAUAUUGGCUUUAGGGUCAAUUUAAUUAUAAAUUGUUAUCAUUAUAUGUGUCAAUUAAUUUGUUUUAGAACCAAUAUAAAUAUAGUUUUUAUCAUUAUGUGUCAAUUAAUAGGUUUUAUAACCAAUAUAAAUAUAGUUUUUAUCAUUAUGUGUCAAUUAAUAGGUUUUAGAACCAAAAUAAAUAUAGGUUUUAUCAUCAUGUGUCAAUUAAUAGAUUUUAUGAUCAUUAUAAAUUUAGGCUUUCGGGCCAAUAUAUAAUAGAGUUUAUAGGGCCAAAAUAAAUAUAGGUUUUAUCAUUAUUUGUGUCUUUAAAUAGGCUUUAAGGCCAAUAUAAAUAUAGGUUGAUGUGUCGCUAAUUCAAUUAAAUAAUGAUUAAAAUAAUGAUUAAAAUCAUGAUGUUGAUGAUUAUUGAGUACUUUUAUAGUGCUUGUAUAGAUAACCCUGAACCAGAGCUGGUUGUCCCGGCAGCCAGUUAUCCAUUUUGGGGGAGGCGGCUGUAAUUUAAUAAUGAUGAUCUAAAAUAAUCCUAGGCAAAUAGUUAUACUAAGCUGUCAACCCUGGCAUCAUUACAGCUCCAUACCCACCCUCUUGUCAACCCUGGCAUCAUUACAGCUCCAUACCCACCCUCUUGUCAACCCUGGCAUCAUUACAGCUCCAUACCCACCCUCUUGCCAACCCUGGCAUCAUUACAGCUCCAUACCCACCCUCUUGCCAACCCUGGCAUCAUUACAGCUCCAUACCCACCCUCUUGUCAACCCUGGCAUCAUUACAGCUCCAUACCCACCCUCUUGUCAACCCUGGCAUCAUUACAGCUCCAUACCCACCCUCUUGUCAACCCUGGCAUCAUUACAGCUCCAUACCUACCCUCUUGUCAACCCUGGCAUCAUUACAGCUCCAUACCCACCCUCUUGUCAACCCUGGCAUCAUUACAGCUCCAUACCCACCCUCUUGCCAACCUUGGCAUCAUUACAGCUCCAUACCCACCCUCUUGCCAACCCUGGCAUCAUUACAGCUCCAUACCCACCCUCUUGCCAACCCUGGCAUCAUUACAGCUCCAUACCCACCCUCUUGCCAACAGUUGUAUUUUACAAAACAACAACAGACUGCUCUUUUUUCCUCCAGGUUUGUAGGUGGCGAGUUAAACACCUGUUACAAUGCAGUUGACCGGCACAUUAAAUUAGGGCGAGGUGACCAGCCGGCAAUUAUUUAUGAUAGUCCAGUAACAGGAAGUGUUAGAUACAUAACAUAUGCUCAAUUGCUAAAGCAGGUAAAGGAUUUUAUUAUUGAAAUGUCAGUGGUGUUGAUUCGAGUUAAACAUUAUUAAGUAAAAUGCUGUCUGUUUAUUUAGAAUUUUGUUUAAUUUUUAAACUAAAUGAUUGUCUUUAAUUCCAGGUUGAGGACUUUGCUGGGGCGUUAAAAGCUCAAGGUGUUGAGAAAGGAGACAGAGUUCUUAUAUACAUGCCAAUGUUUCCAGAAGCUAUCAUUGCAAUGCUUUCAAGUGCUAGAAUAGGUGCCGUACAUUCGUUAGUUUUUGGAGGAUUUGCAGCCAAGGAACUUUCCACUAGGAUUGCACAUGCUCAAGUCAGUUGUUCAUUUUACCUAGCCUUUCAUUUUUUUUUUUUACAUGUUACAACAGCUCUCUAGUAUAUGUGUUUCUUCCAUGUUACAGCAGCUCUCUAGUAUAUAUGUUUCUUCCAUGUUACAGCAGCUCUCUAGUAUGUGUGUUUCUUCCAUGUUACAGUAGCUCUCUAGUACGUGUGUUUCUUCCAUGUUACAGCAGCUUUCUAGCACGUGUGUUUCUUCCAUGUUACAGCAGCUCUCUAAUAUAUGUGUCUCUUCCUUUUUACAGCAGCUCUCUAGUAUGUGUGUUUCUUCCAUGUUACAGCAGCUCUCUAGUAUGUGUGUUUCUUCCUUUUUACAACAGCUCUCUAGUAUAUGUGUUUCUUCCAUGUUAGUGUUUCUUCCAUGUCACAGCAGCUCUCUAGUACAUGUUUCUUCCAUGUUACAGCAGCUCUCUAGUACGUGUGUUUCUUCCUUGUUACAGCAGCUCUCUAGUAUGUGUUUCUUCCUUUUUACAGCAGCUCUCUAGUAUGUGUGUUUCUUCCAUGUUACAGCAGCUCUCUAGUAUGUGUGUUUCUUCCUUGUUACAGCAGCUCUCUAAUAUAUGUGUUUCUUCCUUUUUACAGCAGCUCUCUAGUAUGUGUGUUUCUUCCAUGUUACAGCAGCUCUCUAGUAUGUGUGUUUCUUCCUUGUUACAGCAGCUCUCUAAUAUAUGUGUUUCUUCCUUUUUACAGCAGCUCUCUAGUAUGUGUGUUUCUUUCUUGUUACAGCAGAUCUCUAGUAUGUGUGUUUCUUCCUUGUUACAGCAGCUCUCUAGUAUGUGUGUUUCUUAAUUGUUACAGCAGCUCUCUAGUAUGUGUGUUUCUUCCUUGUUACAACAUCUCUCUAGUAUAUGUGUUUCUUCUAUGUUACAGCAGCUCUCUAAUAUUAAUUCGUAUAUGUUUAUAAAAUUUGAUGCUACUGUCAUUUUAAUUCAAAGUGAAAUGUUUGUAAAAAUAAGAGGCAUGCACAAAACUCAUAUGCUAUUUUCAAGCUAAAUGUUGUUAUAAGCCAAGCUAUUUGAUCUCUGUCAGCACCAGUUCUAACAGUGUCUUACUAAGUGUUCUGAUAAGCCAAGCUAUUUGAUCUCUAAAUCAGAGCACCAGUUCUAACAGUGUCUUACUAAGUGUUCUGAUAAGCCAAGCUAUUUGAUCUCUAAAUCAGAGCACCAAUUCUAAAAGUGUCUUACUAAAUGUUCUGAUAAGCCAAGCUAUUUGAUCUCUGUCAGCACCAGUUCUAACAGUGUCUUACUAAGUGUUCUGAUAAGCCAAGCUAUUUGAUCUCUAAAUCAGAGCACCAAUUCUAAAAGUGUCUUACUAAAUGUUCUGAUAAGCCAAGCUAUUUGAUCUCUGUCAGCACCAGUUCUAACAGUGUCUUACUAAGUGUUCUGAUAAGCCAAGCUAUUUGAUCUCUAAAUCAGAGCACCAGUUCUAAUAGUGUCUUACUAAAUGUUCUGAUAAGCCAAGCUAUUUGAUCUCUAGAUCAGAGCACCAGUUCUAAUAGUGUCUUACUAAGUGUUCUGAUAAGCCAAGCUAUUUGAUCUCUAAAUCAGAGCACCAGUUCUAAUAGUGUCUUAUUAAAUGUUCUGAUAAGCCAAGCUAUUUGAUCUCUAGAUCAGAGCACCAGUUCUAACAGUGUCUUACUAAAUGUUCUGAUAAGCCAAGCUAUUUGAUCUCUAGAUCAGAGCACCAGUUCUGACAGUGUCUUACUAAAUGUUCUGAUAAGCCAAGCUAUUUGAUCUCUAGAUCAGAUCACCAGUUCUAAUAGUGUCUUACUAAAUGUUCUGAUAAGCCAAGCUAUUUGAUCUCUAGAUCAGAGCACCAGUUCUAAUAGUGUCUUACUAAGUGUUCUGAUAAGCCAAGCUAUUUGAUCUCUAGAUCAGAGCACCAGUUCUAAUAGUGUCUUACUAAGUGUUCUGAUAAGCCAAGCUAUUUGAUCUCUAGAUCAGAGCACCAGUUCUAAUAGUGUCUUACUAAGUGUUCUGAUAAGCCAAGCUAUUUGAUCUCUAGAUCAGAGCACCAGUUCUCACAAUGUCUUUCACUUCCAGCCCACAGUUAUUGUCAGUGCAAAUUGUGGAGUUGAGCCAUCCAGAACAGUCCCAUACAAGCCCCUGCUUGAUGAAGCUCUGCACAUCGUCAAUUAUCAGCCUAGGAAAUGUAUCAUUUUCAACAGGACAAGUGUAAGUUGUGCUCAAGCAAUUGGGUGCUAUAGUUGAAUUCAUCUGGUGGCUACUAUAGCAGAAUUAAUCUGGUGGCUGCUAUAGUUGAAUUCAUCUGUUUGCUACUAUAGUUGAAUUCAUCUUGUGGCUACUAUAGCAGAAUAAAUCUGGUGGCUACUAAAGUUGAAUUCAUCUGGUGGCUACUAAAGUAGAAUUAAUCUGGUGGCUACUAUAGUUGAAUUCAUCUGGUGGCUGCUAUAGUUAAAUUCAUCUGGUGGCUGCUAUGGUUGAAUUCAUCUGGUGGCAACUUAAGUUGAAUUCAUCUGGUGGCAACUUAAGUUGAAUUCAUCUGGUGGCUACUAUAGUAGAAUUCAUCUGGUGGCAACUUAAGUUGAAUUCAUCUUGUGGCUACUUUAGUUGAAUUCAACUGGUGGCUACUUUAGUUGAAUUCAUCUAUAGUGAAAUAGAGCUUCCAAGCUAAGAAAUAAAAGCAAAUAAUUUUUUUUAUUUUUUAAAAAUUCUGUCCUUUAGUUUGAACCAGCUGUUUUAAAAAAAGAUCAAGACAUUGACUGGAAUGAAGCUGUAUCCUUAGGAAAACCUGCCGACUGUGUUCCAGUUUCUGCUACAGACCCACUUUAUAUUCUCUACACAUCUGGUACAACUGGCUUACCUAAAGUAAGUACAGACCCACUUUAUAGCCUGGUACAACUGGCCUACCUAAAGGAAGUACAGACCCACUUUAUAGCCUGGUACAACUAGAAGUACAGACCCACUUUAUAGCCUGGUACAACUGGCUUACCUAAAGUAAGUACAGACCCACUUUAUAGUCUGGUACAACUGGCCUACCUAAAGUAAGUACAGACCCACUUUAUAGUUUGGUACAACUGGCCUACCUAAAGGAAGUACAGACCUACUUUAUAGUCUGGUACAACUGGCCUACCUAAAGGAAGUACAGACCCACCUUACAGUCUGGAACAACUGGCCUACCUAAAGAAAGUACAGACCUACUUUAUAGUCUGGUACAACUGGCUUACCUAAAGGAAGUACAGACCCACUUUAUAGUCUGGUACAACUGGCCUACCUUAAGGAAGUACAGACCCACUUUACAGUCUGGUACAACUGGCCGACCUAAAGGAAGUACAGACCCACUUUACAGUCUGGUAGAACUGGCCUACCUAAAGUAAGUACAGACCCACUUUAUAGUCUGGUACAACUGGCCUACCUAAAGUAAGUACAGACCUACUUUAUAGCCUGGUAGAACUGGCCGACCUAAAGUAAGUACAGACCCACUACAACUAAGCACAACUUUCCUGCAUGUUCUAUUUAACGUUUUAUUUCUUUGGAUUAAUUGGAACCUAUAGGCAUAAUUUACAGUGGAGAUGUUUGAAAUUUUAGGCAUAGUUUACAGUAGAGAUGUUUGAACUUAUAUAGGCAUAGUUUACAGUAGAGAUGUUUGAACUUAUAGGCAUAGUUUACAGUAGAGAUUUUUGAACUUAUAGGCAUAGUUUACCGUAGAGAUGUUUGAACUUAUAGGCAUAGUUUACAGUAGAGAUGUUUGAACUUGUAGGUAUAGUUUACAGUAGAGAUGUUUGAACUUAUAGGCAUAAUUUACAGUAGAGAUGUUUGAACUUAUAGGCAUAAUUUACAGUGGAGAUGUUUGAACUUAUAUAGGCAUAGUUUACAGUAGAGAUGUUUGUGUUAAAACUAAUUUUUUCUUAAAUAUCUGAGAAUAUUCUUAAAAGAAAAAUAUGGAUUGUCUUGUUCUCAGGCGGUGGUUCGACCCAGUGGUGGAAAUGCUGUGGCGUUAAGUUGGGCCUUGGCCAAUGUUUAUGGAGUCAAACCUGGGCAGGUCAGUAUUUGGCCACUUUGCUCCCUUGCUACAUUUAUUUUAAAACAUCUCUGUAGACAGUCUAUAGAAUGCCAAGGCAAAGUGUGUAACCCAGACAUUCUAUAGAAUGCCAAGGCAAAGUGUGUAACCCAGACAUUCUAUAGAAUGCCAAGGCAAAGUGUGUAACCCAGACAUUCUAUAGAAUGCCAAGGCAAAGUGUGUAGCCCAGACAGUCUAUAGAAUGCCAAGGCAAAGUGUGUAACCCAGACAUUAUAUAGAAUGCCAAGGCAAAGUGUGUAACCCAGACAGUCUAUAGAAUGCCAAGGCAAAGUGUGUAACCCAGACAUUAUAGAGAAUGCCAAGGCAAAUUGUGUAACUCAGACAUUAUAGAGAAUGCCAAGGCAAAGUGUGUAACUCAGACAUUAUAUAGAAUGCCAAAGCAAAGUGUGUCAUCCACACAUUCUAUAGAAUACCAAGGCAAAGUGUGUCAUCCACACAUUUUAUGGAAUACCAAGGCAAAGUGUGUCAUCCAGACAUUCUAUAGAAUGCCAAGGCAAAGUGUGUCAUCCAGACAUUCUAUAGAAUGCCAUGGUCAAGUUUAUACUGGUGUAUGUAUUUCACACUUUGACUAGAAUCAUCAGUCAUUUUAGUUGAUUUCAGUUAUUGGGGCAAGCAUUUUCUCACUGAGAUUAUUUCUUGAUUGACAUUUCCUUAUAUUGAUCAUUUGGUUAGUUCAAAUUGACUUCCAUCACAGGUGUGGUGGGCUGCUUCAGACCUGGGCUGGGUAGUGGGCCAUUCUUUCAUUACAUACGCGCCUCUUCUAAAUGGUUGUACUACAAUUCUCUAUGAGGUAAGCUUUUUUAAUAUGCUUAUGACAAUUUUAGAAGACAAUAUGCCAUCUGUAAACUAACAAAAUGAAUAUCUUUGAAAGUGUAUGCGCAAGAUGUCUCAACAGUUCUUAGAUAAAAAUAUUUUCGUACAUAGAUGGAAGCUCAUACUUACGUCUUUAAAAUAUAUGUAGAAAUUGUUUAACCUUAAUGCUUGCUAUACAUAGUGUAAAAAAUAUACUGUUUCAUUUGUCAAGAGUUUUCAAGUCCCUAUAUAUUUUUAUUUAGUCUCAGUCAAAUUCAUCUCGGUUCUUUUUGUUGUAAACACCCUGUUAAACUGUGCAUGGCUUUCUUCCCAGGGCAAACCUGUUGGUACACCAGACCCGGGGGCUUUUUUCCGUGUCAUUAAUCAGCAUCAGGUCAAGGCCAUGUUUGUGGCACCCACUGCGCUGCGGGCUAUUCGUGCAGAGGUCUGCCUAUGAUUUGUUGCUUUUACUUUAGUCCAGAGAAGUUAGUAAUAGCUUUAUUAUAUGACAUCUGUAAUGUUAGUGAUAGCUUUAUUAUAUGACAUCUUUAAUAUUAGUCAUAGCUUUAUUAUAUGACAUCGGUAAUGUUAGUAAUAGCUUUAUUAUAUGACAUCUGUAAUGUUAGUAAUAGCUUUAUUAUAUGACAUAUAUUAUUUCAAAUCACACUCUAUCCUUGAAAUAUUUUGAUCUCUAUUACGUUGAUAACAGAACUCGGGUUUCUUGAACUAUUAUUAACUUUUGAUGUUUGAUUGGAGUAAUAUUACAAAGUUAACAAAUGCAAUGCAGCCGUCCUAAAAGACAGAUCAGAUCAUACAAAUAUGUUAAACAGGAAGUUAGUCCAUAUUUACUGUGCAUUCAGCAGAAAUAUUAUUCCAUAUUGAUACAAAUAUUUUUCAGGACGAAGAUGGCAUUUAUGCCAAACCUUAUUUGCCACUAGACAAGUAAGUGUUUCAAGGCAUGCAUUUAGACACAGUUUUAAAAGUACAUAUAUUAUUUUAAUUUCAUUGAAAACUGUUGUAGGUUUGAAAUGAAACUGUUGUAGGUUUGAAAUGAAACUGUUGUAGGUUUGAAAUGAAACUGUUGUAGGUUUGAAAUGAAACUGUUGUAGGUUUGAAAUGAAACUGUUGUAGGUUUGAAAUGAAACUGUUGUAGGUUUGAAAUGAAACUAUUACAAUGGAUGAACGAUCCUCAAGUAACUGACAUUUUUUUUCUUUCAAUUGUGAAUGUUCAAUUCUAGUGUUUAAAGUGUCCUUAAGUUGGCAUGUCAUUUGUUCCAGAUUUGAGACGUUGUUCGUGGCAGGAGAACAUUGUGACCAUGAGACUAUGCAUUGGAUACAAACUCUGAUCAAUAAGCCAAUCCUGGAUAACUGGUGGCAAACAGGUCGUGCUUCUAUUAGCAUUUAUAAAGGAUAUGUUGUUUUUUGUAUAAUAUCCUCUUAAGAACCGCCAAUUUACAUGGCCGUUUACAGUCGCAAUAGGCUACGCAGGCUUACUUAUUUUUUCUCUUGCCACACUUCCUGUCAUUCAUAUGUUAUAAGAGUCCCUUGCCACUCUUUCUGUCAUAUGUUUGUGAGACUAACAUCCUAUACUGACCAUUCAGAAACUGGCUGGCCCAUGACAGCUACUUGCAGAGGUCUAGGGAUGAAUCUUUACCCACUACCAGGAACUACUGGCAAGCCUGUACCAGGAUGGAAUGGUAAGUACCAGGAACUACUGGCCAGCCUGUACCAGGAUGCAAUGGUCAGUAGGAGUUGACCCUUAAAUCUUAAGAAUGUAGGAACAUUAGGGGGGGGAACUUUUUUCUAAAACUUUGAAGCCCUUGAAUUGAACUUGCCCUUGAACUUACUAAACUUCUCACUGCAAUCCUUGUUACCAAUCCAUUGAAAUAACCUAAAUAGAACUUAUUUUGAGAUCUAACUUUCAUUGAAUUGGUUUAAAAGCAAUGUCUCUCUGUACAAAAGCUGUUUCUCUGGUUUUGUCUCUACAAAAAUGACGCUACAGCAGGGGUGUCAAAACUCAAUCACUUGGCGGGCCAAAACUCAAAUCACAUGUAAGGUUGCGGGCCGAACAGGACAAACAUUCAAUAAGCGGAAAGUUAAACCUUUGUUAGUGGGUUAGAAAACAUAACGCACUACUGCACGCAUCUAUUUUAAUACAGUAAAAACAUAAUGUCCACGUAAGCGGCGUCUGAUCUUGGCAGGAUACACGUACAUUUUCGCAAUUUUUUUCAGUAUACAAAAAGGUCUCCAUGGGCCGCAUUAGAGGGCCUCGCAGGCGGCAUGCGAUGUGGCCAGCAGUCCGUAGUUUUGAGACCCCUGCUCUAGAGUAAUCAUAAAUUAAAGAAAGACUGCCACUAGAGUAAUCAUAAGUAAUCAUAGAGAAAGGAUUGGCCUGCCACUAGAGUAAUCAUAAGUAAUCAUAGAGAAAGGAUUGGCCUGCCACUAGAGUAAUCAUAAGUAAUCAUAGAGAAAGGAUUGGCCUGCCACUAGAGUAAUCAUAAGUAAUCAUAGAGAAAGGAUUGGCCUGCCACUAGAGUAAUCAUAAGUAAUCAUAGAGAAAGGAUUGGCCUGCCACUAGAGUAAUCAUAAGUAAUCAUAGAGAAAGGAUUGGCCUGCCACUAGAGUAAUCAUAAGUAAUCAUAGAGAAAGGAUUGGCCUGCCACUAGAGUAAUCAUAAGUAAUCAUAGAGAAAGGAUUGGCCUGCCACUAGAGUAAUCAUAAGUAAUCAUAGAGAAAGGAUUGGCCUGCCACUAGAGUAAUCAUAAGUAAUCAUAGAGAAAGGAUUGACCUGCCACUAGAGUAAUCAUAAGUAAUCAUAGAGAAAGGAUUGGCCUGCCACUAGAGUAAUCAUAAGUAAUCAUAGAGAAAGGAUUGGCCUGCCAAUAUUGCUAAGAAUCUUCUUUUUUUUUUCCUUAUAUUUGCACUCCGGUGUAAAUGUUAUAGUAACAUCCUAUUUUAAGAAUACCAUGGUGUUGCAUGCUACACUCAAUUUUGUGUGUUUUUGAUUUUUUUAUUGGUGUUUUCUCCCUUGGGCUUAAAGCAGUGGUUCUCAACCUUCCUAACGCCACGACCCUUUAAUGAGCUCCUCAUGUUGUGGUGACCCCCAACCAUAAAGUUAUUUUCGUUGCAUCUUCAUGUGUUUUCCAAUGUUAGGCGACCCCUGUGUAAGGGUCAUGCAACCCUUAAAGGGUUCACAACCCAUAGGUUGAGAACCGCUGCCUCAGAGUAACCCCAAACGUCUGAGUUCAAAGUGAGCCUUGCUUAGCACCUUAGAUUAGAACCAGAUUUUUUUUUGGCUUGAUAAUCUCUUAUAUCAGAACACUGUUCUAUUAUGUCUGUUGAAAGGAAUUCUCUCCCUGAUUCUGCUAUCCACCAACAACUUGUUGAACAUUCCUACUUUACUUUAAACUAAAUCUUCCAGUAAACUUGUCAUAUAAUUCUUUGACGGAACUGUUGAGUUACAUAAAUCUUUCAGUGAACACUAGAGUAAUCAUAAGUAAUCAUAGAGAAUUACAUAAAUCUUCUAAUUAUUGUGUUACAUAAAUCUUCCAGUGAACUAUUGUGUUACAUAAAUCUUCUAAUUAUUGUGAUACAUAAAUCUUCUAAUUAUUGUGUUACAUAAAUCUUCCAGUGAACUAUUGGGCUACAUAAAUCUUUCAGUGUAUUAUCGUGUUGCAUAAAUCUUCCAGUGAACAAUUGUGUUACAUAGAUCUUCCAAUCAACUAUUUUGUUACAUAAAUCUUCUAAUGAAAUUUUGUGUUACAUAAAUCUUCUAGUGAACUUUUGUGUUACAUAAAUCUUCAAUCAACUAUUGUGUUAUAUAAAUCUUCCAGUUAAGGUAUUGAAGCCAAAUGGAGAGGAAACCAAGCCAGGGGAGCUGGGUCAAAUUUAUGUCAAGUAAGUAACUGUUUUUUUACGAUGCUACUCUUUUUUGUUGAGACCUUAUUCAAGAAAUUAAUAUUUAACAACUCCCCUUAUCUCUUCAGUUAUUUUAUUUUUAUUUGCUGUAAUUGUUUGUUAGCCCUAAGGAAUCGGCCUUUCAAAAAAAGAGAAUAUUGUAUUGUUUAGAUAUGUCAUGUUAGCCCUGUGAUAUGUCAUGUUAGCUCAAUGAGAUGUCAUUUUAUCCCUAUGAUAUGUCAUGUUAGCCAUAUGAGAUGUCAUUUUAUCCAUAUAUGUCAUAUUAGCACUGUGAUAUGUUAUGAUAGCACUGUAUUAUGUCAUGUUAGCACUGUGAUAUGUCAUGUUAGCACUGUGAUAUGUCAUGUUAGCACUGUGAUAUGUUAUGUUUGCACUCUGAUAUUUCAUGUUAGCACUAUGAUAAGUCAUUGUUAGCCCUAUAAAAACAAAUUUUGAAUGACUUUCUGUUGAAUGCCAUCAGAACACCAUUACCUCCUGGUUUCAUGUCUACACUCUACAAGAAUGAUGACUUAUUCAAGGAGACCUACUUCAAUGGGAUGCCAGUAAGUUCAACAAAUAGGCUUAAUGUUGGGCACUUCAAAUAUCUUUUUCCUGUUAGGUUUGGAAUACUUCAUUUUUGGGCGCCUUAAUGGGGAAUAUUCAGAGUUGGGCUCUAGAAUGGGGAAUAUUCAGAGUUGGGCUCUAGAAUGGGGAAUAUUCAGAGUUGAGCUCUAGAAUGGGGAAUAUUCAGAGUUGAGCUCUACAGUGAGGAAUAUUCAGAGUUGAGCUCUAGAAUGGGGAAUAUUCAGAGUUGGGCUCUAGAAUGGGGAAUAUUCAUAGUUGAGCUCUAGAAUGGGGAAUAUUCAGAGUUGGGCUCUAGAAUGGGGAAUAUUCAUAGUUGAGCUCUAGAAUGGGGAAUAUUUAGAGUUGAGCUCUAGAAUGGGGAAUAUUCAUAGUUGAGCUCUAGAAUGGGGAAUAUUCAGAGUUGAGCUCUAGAAUGGGGAUAUUCAGAGUUGAGCUCUAGAAUGGGGAAUAUUUAUAUUUGAGCUCUACAAUGGUGAUUAUGCAGAUUCGGGCUGUACAAUGGGGAAUAUUCCGAGUUGGGUUCUACAAUGGCAAAACUGGAAAUCAGAAAUAGAAAAUGCAUGACCAUUGACCUACCUCAACAUUGCUAUUCUGACACUAUGACCAUUGACCUACUCCAACAUGGCUUUUAUGACUAACGAGCAUUGACCUUCUCCGACAGGGCUAUUAUGACACCAUGGAUUCAGGAGUCAGAGACAAAGAUGGCUACAUCUCUGUACUAUCUCGCACUGAUGAUGUCAUCAAUGUUGCCGGACACAGACUAUCAUGUGGAUCUUUAGAAGAGGUUUGCAACAUUCAAUCAAUCAUUCUUAAGUAGAUUCCUAGUGUUGGAGAUAAGAGGCUUCAUUGUUGGGGAUAAGAAACUUCAUUGCUGGAGAUAAGAGGCUUCGUUGUUGGAGAUAAGAGGCUUCAUUGGUGGGGAUAAGAUACUUCAUUGCUAGAAAUAAGAGCCUUCAUUGCUAGAGAUAAGAGGCUUCGUUGCUGGGGAUAAGAGGCUUCAUGGCUGGGGAUAAGAGGCUUCAUUACUGGAGAUAAGAGGCUUCAUUGCUUAGAGAUAAAAGGCUCAUUGCUGGGGAUAAGAGCCUUCAUUGCUAGAGAUAAGAGCCUUCAUUGCUAGAGAUAAGAGGCUUCAUUGCUGGAGAUAAGAGGCUUCAUUGCUGGAGAUAAGAGGCUUGAUUGCUAGAGAUAAGAGGCUCAUUGCUGGGGAUAAGAGGCUUCAUUGCUAGAGAUAAGAGCCUUCAUUGCUAGAGAUAAGAGGCUUCAUUGCUGGAGAUAAGAGGCUUCAUUGCUAGAGAUAAGAGGCUCAUUGCUAGAGAUAAAAGCUUCAUUGCUAGAGAUAAGAGGCUUCAUUGCUGGAGAUAAGAGGCUUCAUUGCUAGAGAUAAGAGGCUCAUUGCUAGAGAUAAGAGGCUUCAUUACUGGAGAUAAGAGGCUUCAUUGCUUAGAGAUAAAAGGCUCAUUGCUGGGGAUAAGAGCCUUCAUUGCUAGAGAUAAGAGGCUUCAUUGCUGGAGAUAAGAGGCUUCAUUGCUGGAGAUAAGAGGCUUGAUUGCUAGAGAUAAGAGGCUCAUUGCUGGGGAUAAGAGGCUUCAUUGCUAGAGAUAAGAGCCUUCAUUGCUAGAGAUAAGAGGCUUCAUUGCUGGAGAUAAGAGGCUUCAUUGCUAGAGAUAAGAGGCUCAUUGCUAGAGAUAAAAGCUUCAUUGCUAGAGAUAAGAGGCUUCAUUGGUGGGGAUAAGAUGCUUCAUUGCUAGAAAUAAGAGCAUUCAUUGCUCGAGAUAAGAGGGUUCAUUGCUGUGGAUAAGAGGCUUUAUUGCUGUGGAUAAGAGGCUUUAUUGCUGUGGAUAAGAGGCUUUAUUGCUGUGGAUAAGAGGCUUUAUUGCUGGGGAUAAGAGGCUUCAUUGCUAGAGAUAAGAGGCUUCAUUGCUAGAGAUAAGAGGCUUCAUUGCUAGAGAUAAGAGGCUUCAUUGCUAGAGAUAAGAGGCUUCAGUACUCUAUCAAUUGACAUUGCUUUGUCUUGAAGUAGUCUUUAUUAUCAAUAGGCUGAUUGCUGAUUGUGUAUAAAGAAAGCCAACUAGAGCAGUCAACAAAAUGUUCCCAAGUGUUUAUCAAAGAUCAUCUGCAUUCUCUCCCCUUUCAGACCAUUACAGAAAUGCAAUAAAUCAUUAUUUAUAUUUUAUUUUUGUCUCUUUUAAUCAUCUUUAAAAGAAAUAAUAAAAUGUCAUUAGUUUGUACCAGGGCAGCUUAGUUUUACACUUUGUUUCAAAUGAUCAACUUAUAAACUAUUUAACGUUACAAGAAAUAAUGAGAAAUAUCCUUUAAAUUAUUAAAUUUUAAUUAAUUUUAAAAAUAAAAUGUUACUUUAGUUACAUAUUUGUUACUUUUCAGUCUUUUGAUAGUUUUAUAAUGUUAAUUGCUGUUUUAACUGAGUGCAGGCCAUCUUAGAAUGCCUUGAAGUGGUUGAGUCUGCAGUUAUUGGUGUACCAGACAAACUCAAAGGGAGCGUACCUUUAGGCCUAUGUGUUGUCAAGCAUGGUAAGACCCUGUGCAAAGCAACAAAAAUGCUAAACACAUUUAUAAGUGUAUAAAUUGUUCAAUUUCAUGUUAGAAAAUAUUUGACUCGUUCAAUUUUUUAAAACAAAAUUUUUUUAGGUCAUCUCACAUAAUGGGAUACCAUAUAAAGAGUAGCCAACUAAUACCCAUCCGGUUACAUAUUUAAUUGUUCAGAAAUAAAUGGAGAUUCAUAUUUUAUAAAUUGUGCUUGAAAAUGAUUGUGUGUUUUCUUACAAUCAUGAUUGAAGUGAGAAAAUGAUUGUGUGUUUUCUUACAAUCAUGAUUGAAGUGAGAAAAUGAUUUUACAUUUUAACAACAUUUUUUUACACAAACAACAUACUCUAAGAAAGAAACAAAAUUUAUAGAAGAAAAACUUUCAAAUGUUUUGAUUUUUAAUUCUGCAAUCCAAAAUCCAAAAAAAGAAUUUUACAAACACAUCUGUUAGUUUUUUUUGUAAAUAUUUUUUCUGUGAAACAUGCAUCAAUAGUGUUUUUGUCAAUCAAUAGUGUUUUUGUCAAUAGUGUUUUUGUCAAUCAAUAGUGUUUUUGUCAAUCAAUAGUGUUUUUGUCAAUCAAUAGUGUUUUUGUCAAUCAAUAGUGUUUUUGUCAAUAGUGUUUUUGUCAAUAGCGUUUUUGUCAAUAGCGUUUUUGUCAAUAGCGUUUUGUCAAUAGUGUUUUUGUCAAUAGUGUUUUUGCGGUUAAAAUUGACAAUGACCUUAUUACUAAAAAUUAUUCAAAUACAAAGUUUAAAAACUAUUUUUUUUUAUAUUUAAAGGUUUAUAUUUAAUACAAAUACAUUAAAAAAUAAAUUAUGAUGACAAAUAAUUUGAAUAAUUUUGUUUUUAAAUUAUUGAAAUUUUAAUAGAUAAUGAAUAAAUAUAAAAAAAUAAAAAUAACGUUAGGGCUUACGUGACUAAAUCAGGCCGCUUACGUGACUAAAUCAGGCCGCUUUCGUGACCAAAUCAGGUCGCUUACGUGACUAAAUCAGGCCUCCUAAACAAAUUCCAACACAGUCCAAGAGUCCUCUAGACUUAGGGGGUGUUCUCUAACAAUCAACAAAUAGUUCACUCAGGUAGAAAUGCUUCUCACAUGUCAAACAUUUAACUACCAUUACAGUCUCACACGCUUUCUUUUGAGACAGUAGCACCGCAGCAUGGAAUUAAUUUCAUGUCUAUAAGUAAAGAAAAACAAAUGUUGAGUUCUGUGGGUGUUGUUUUCUUCCAGUUAGUGGGGAGGUACUUUUUAUUUUCUUGUCUCAUGUGGUUGGCAUAAGCAUUCAACAUGAUAUCCUGAUAGAAGAAGAGUGAAGAGAUUUCCCAGAGAUUAGUUAAUUUAUUUGUAAAUUGCAGGUUAGCAUGACAUAAAAGCAGGAUUUUAUUGAUAUACUACAGAUAUAACAAUAUUAUAACAGUUGUAAUAUUAUAAAGUAUUAUAUAAUAAGAAAAUAGCAUUAUAUUAUAAGAAAAGUAAAUUUUUUUUUUUAAAUCUAAUUCUUAUGCCUAUAGCGUAUUCAUUAGUACUGCAAUUUAUAAGAUCAAAUAUCCCUUACCUCCUAUAGCCUAUUCAUUAGUACUGCAAUUUAUAAGAUCAAAUAAAUUCCUUACCUGCAGUUUUUAGUUUUUGCAUCUCAUUUCGAGUUGCCUGCUUUUCAGAAUUCAUAAUAUUGAGUCCAGGUUUUCUUUUAGGGAUAAAUUUAGUCAUGGCCUGAGAGGGUCCCUGGUCAACAUCUUCAUAGGUUGGUUUUUUUCCAAGUCCAAGUCAAUUGGCAAUGUAUUAUCUGCACUGAUUAGAAAGAAAAAAAAUAAAUAAAUAUAGGGCUAUAUGAAAUAAACUGCCUAAUAACAUAUUUUAAAAGGGUAAAUGAACAGCUUCCAUGAUUGACGCCUUAGAGUUUGGCAAAAGACAAAAACAAAAACUACAACAAUGACUACGAAAAUCAGCUGAUUUUGUAAACAAACACUUAGUUUUAAAGUUAGUUUUAAAGUUAGUUUUAAAGUUAGUUUUAAAGUUAGUUUUAAAGUUAGUUUUAAAGUUAGUUUUAAAGUUAGUUUUAAAGUUAGUUUUAAAGUUAGUUUUAAAGUUAGUUUUAAAGUUAGUUUUAAAGUUAGUUUUAAAGUUAGUUUUAAAGUUAGUUUUAAAGUUAGUUUUAAAGUUAGUUUUAAAGUUAGUUUUAAAGCCAAAGCAUGAUUGGAAAAAAAAAAAUUAUCAUUUCAAAAUUGUAAGACUAUAACUAGGAUACUAUUAUUUAAUAGCAAAAUAUAUUUUGUUGUUUAGAUUAUUUGGAAAUGUUAAUUUUAGUGGCCCAAUCGAGUGGCUAGCUAGACUUACAUUGUUUGAAACUGUACUUGUGUAGGAAAAGAAACAUCCACUGCUUCAUCCCAUGUUGUUUCAUAUUAAUCUGUAUCCCAAUCAUCAGAAGAGUCACUUAGGGAUUCAUCUAAGUUAAUUUCAUUGUUUUCUGAGUCCAUUUUUGUAAUUUAAAAUAAUUUUUUUCGAAGAAGCUAGCUCGAAUCGGUUCUCGACAAGAAAAAAAAAUAAACGACGUAAUCUCGUCCCGUUCGAAUAAAAAUAAUUUUAUUUUAAAAACAAUAAAUAUAUUUAAAACCUUAAUUUUUAUUACUUUUUAGAGCCCUAAUUUUUAUAACUUAAAAAAUAUUUUACCAUGAUACCAAUUUAAUUACCAUGAUACUAAUUUAAUUACCAUGAUACUAAUUUAAUUAAACUAAAUUCAACAACAAAAAAAGGUCAGCUCCUCCCCUUUCCUGUCGGGCCAAAAAGUUGGAUUUCUCUUUAGUUGGACCAUACAGAGUUCAAGAAAAGCCUUUGAUUUGGCUGCAUAGUAUUAGUUGGUAUGUUUGAAUGUUGUUCUGUUGCUUCAACAAGGCACAAAGAAAUCUGAAGAUGAAAUCAAAGAGGAUGUCAUCAAACAAGUGCGUCACAUCGUUGGACCCGUGGCAGCUUUUAAACUGGUGGUCCUUGUCCCAAAGCUUCCUAAGACAAGGUCUGGGAAAGUUGCUCGUAACACACUGGCAGCUUUAGCAGCAGGGAAACCUUUUAAAGUAAGUCUACUUGUAAGUUUAACCUUUUAA